AUCACAGCAUAAUAUUACAAGGUUAAUUAAAUGGUUAGUGGACGAUCAAAACGAUUCCAAUUCCACCUUUUUACUUGGAUAUUUUAAUUAUUCUGGAAUAGGAUUAAACAAGAACAUUGAAAAAGCAUUUAGUUUAUUCUUUAAUGCUUCAAAGAAAAAUCCUAUGUUGGCACAAUGUUACGUCGGUACAUGUUAUUAG